AUGGCCCCAGGUAAACCUCCCAGGGUCCCAAGGGUCUCCCCCUCGGGGUCCGAUCGUGUGUCUGAUUCACCAGCCACUGACCAAAUAGGACGGGAAACUCCCACGUCUGGGGGCUGCUCCAGAAAUCCAGCCCCCUCUAAUGACAGUCUCCUCGCCGCUCCCUUCGUCUCUCCCCUCUGCGGGGACCGUCCAGGAAAGGGGGCUUGCGACCCAGAGGAGUUCGAGACGAAAGGAGGGCGGGGGAGGGGGGGUCGUCUGCGAGAGACCAGGGGGAAGGGCCGGGCGGGUGCCCAUUCCCCACUCCUAGGCCCUGACGCCCCUGUCCCGGCACCCCGGGCCUGCCGCCCCGCGGGGGAGCCUCCCGGCCGGCGCACGAUCCGGCCCCGCAGCGCCGCCGUUCCGCCCGGAGGCCCCGGGGCAGCCGGAGGGGCGCGCGGAGGCCCGGGGUACCGGGGCAGGGCGCGGCCGCCGCGGGGCCCGCCGGCCCGAGGCCUAGCCGGCUCCCCCCCAACCCCCCGCCCGGGCCCACACCCCCACCCCGGCCCGCGCAGGCCGCGCCGCUCGCCCGGCUCGGGCCCCGGCUGGACCCCCCCCUCCCGCCCGUCCGCCCGUGGGCGCCCCCAGGCCCCGCGGCCCCCAGCCCCCGCCACCCCGGCGCCGGCCCCUCUCACCCUUUCAUUCUCUGCCCGGGGCCUGACGCGGGCCGGCGGAUCCCCGGCCUCACAUCAGAGUGAGAGGCGCUGGCAAUGGACUAGGAAGCUCGGCUGCCGCUGCUACUGCUCCCCCCUGGGCUCCGGCGAGAGCCUUUCCCUGUCAAGCAAGAGGGGUGAGGAUCAUAUUUUUAUUUUGGAAACUAAAAAGUGCUCCCAGGGUCGGUGAUUAUUAAGGGGAAAUCCCUGAAUAUACUCUCCAGCCAAGAAGGCAGGGCUGCCGGGGCUGCACAAGAAGAGGCAGCAGCCUCCUACAGCACCACUACAGGCACUGCGAGGACAUAACACCAGAGAGCCGCUCCUCUGCCCUCCGAAACGACAACUUUCCUACCAUCUUGGAGGCAGAGGAAAGGGGGGCCGGGGGGAAAAGUGCACCCGCUCCCGAUAAAGUACAAAUUUCGACUUCUCCUCUCCGGAAGAAAGUCCAUACGGGCCGUCUACACUGGCGCCUGGGGGCAAACGCAGGGAAGAAACUGGGGGUGCUUGAGAAACCUUUUCAUUUGCACCUCGGGGGAAAAAUGUUUCUGCAUCUUCUGAUGGAAAGAAAUCUUUACAAGACACAGGUUUUCCGGCUAAUAACGAUUCUUCUCCAUUGCGGAUCCAAGUUCUGUGUCUGGUGGUCAGUUUAUAAAUGUGUACUUCAAGAGACUUCAUAGCCACUGUAUCUUUAUUUGUCUAUUGAUAUGUUUUUACCUGCAUAUUUGCAAGUCGCUUUACAUAUAAACAUGUGCAUUAUAUUUUCCACUCAAAACUGAGAUUGCUGAAAGACAUUGUUCAGGGAUGUCUUUUGUCUCCUUUUCUCAAAGCCAUGUAAAUAAAAUCUAUUGACUGUCCAGAAAGGCAUGAUAUGACUAUUUAUUUUUCACAGUACCAAUGAAGGCAGAGAUCACUGAGAGGUUAAAUACAACUUAAGUAUAACUGAGCACAUUUCUGAGAAUAAUUCUCAUUCUGUUAUGGUCUACCCAUGAAGAAGGGUUACUGUGAAACUGGAAACAGACUUGGAAAGAUCGCUUUAGAUUUUCUUUAACAUUACUUAUAGAGAAAAUUCCUUAUUAUACCCAGAUAUUUGAUUUCCUAAUCAGAAUCUUCAGGGUUUAGAUCUUUGGUGCAUCGCACAUGUUGCUGUCCACUUUCUGUCUCACAGAAUGGAAAAAUGUGUGUUUUUGUUAGAGUUGAUUGAUAUGUUGUUAGUUCAUAACUUCCAAUGUGCUGCCAGCUUGUAUAAAUCACUUUUAAUAUAUUGCAGUGGUUGUCACGGAUCUAUUUUUUUUUUUUAAUGACCAAAGCUUCCUAAAUAAAUGGGAUCAAGGUUACAGAAAGCUGAGGUAGCAAAGAGAUGAGGGAAGGGUGCCGCCCACUUGCAACAGUUCCCAUGGACUCUUAUUGGAGGAGAACAAAUUACACAGCGAUUUCUCUAUUUUUGCGAAGAAAGAGAAGAAUACCAGAAAAUGAUCACAGGGUCUUUUUGUAAGUUCUACAGGGAAUGAUGAACUGAAUCUUGUACGAAAAGUUAUGUUUCUGACACACGUUGGCCAACCUAGUGGGAACGCAUUUGUGAUAUUAGUGCCUUGAAUCAGCAGAAUAUUUCAUUUCUCUCAUUUAAAGUGUAUCGCAAAGCAUUUAGAAAUAACUGAAGACUUCACUUUAAAAUGUUUAUUUCUUGAGAUUCCAAAUUUAGAAAUUCCCUCAAGGUUAAAGUGAGUUCAGAUAAUGCAUAUAUCAGAUCAUUAUUAUUUUCAUGUUGACUCCCAUCUUUGUCUUCUAAAUCUGAAUACAGUACCUGAAUAAUUUGGGUUUUCUUUUUGUGACCUUUUAUUUUUCUCUGUAGUAGAAAAAUCUGAAAUCAUUAAGGUGUAAAAUUAACGGAUUCUUACCAUCUUGGAAACCUCAAUUGUGAAGUUGUGUUCUAUGUACAACUUUUAAAAAAAAAACAUUUGGAGGGGCGCCUGGCUGG